GUAAAUUUGAAAUGCUUUUAUUUGGUUUUCAUUUCAACAUGUUUAUCCUCACGACCAAAAAUAAAAUAAUAUAAUAAUAAUAAAGUGGAUCUUUUGUGAUUUUUAUUUUUUAUUUUUUAUUAUUUAUUUUUUAUCAACGAUCUUUUGUGAUUCUCAUAUAUCUACUUUACUAUAUUAUAUUUGGCAAGAACAAUGCAAACGAAAUACUAUUUGUUUCUUUAAAAUAAAGAAAGAAAAAAAAGUAGCAUAUAAUAAAAGGCUGGUCUGGUCUCUAAACACAUCUAUACAUGAACGACUGGUUUCUCUACUGGUGACUGAAAAAUAAUAGACAUGGCAAUGAAGAAACUAGAGGGCAAAGUAGCCAUAAUCACCGGCGGUGCGAGCGGCAUCGGGGAGGAAACGGCGCGUGUAUUUGCCGAUCACGGCGCACGUGCGGUUGUGAUCGCUGACAUCCAAGACGAGCAAGGCUACCGUGUGGCUGAGUCCAUUGGCCCAAAAUGCAGCUACGUCCACUGCGACGUGACCGACGAAGGACAAGUCAAACGUAUGGUGGAAUCAACGGUCCAGAUUCACGGCCAGCUUGACAUCAUGUUCAGCAAUGCGGGCAUAGGCGGUGCCUCCGAUCAGACCCUUCUCGAUCUCGACUUCUCUGAAUUUGACCGCAUCUUUGCCACGAACGUGCGUGGUAUGACCGUGUGCGUGAAGCAGGCGGCGCGUGUUAUGAUGGAGCGGCGCGUGAGAGGCAGUAUUGUGUGUACGGCAAGUGUGGCGGGUAGUAAAGGUGGGAAGACACAUACGGAUUACUACAUGUCCAAGCACGCUGUGAUUGGGUUGGUCCGGUCAGCGAGCAGGCAGCUCGGGGAGCACGGAAUUAGAGUGAACAGUGUUUCACCGUACACGGUGGCGACGCCUAUGUUGUGCAAGACGUACGAGAAGGAGGUGGAAGAGGCGGAGAAGUUUUUUGAGUCGUUUACGAGCUUGAAAGGGAUUGUACUGAAAGUGAAACAUGUUGCCGAUGCUGCGUUGUUCCUUGCCUCCGAUGACUCUGCAUUCAUCUCCGGUCACGACCUCAUCGUCGACGGCGGACUGUCCACGGCGGCUUCUUGGUCUUGAUCGUCAGCUUUCGUACUCAAGUGGGGCCUGAGAAUAAUUAAAAUAAUCUGUUUUUAAAUGUGCCUGGUUUAAUAAAUGAAAUGGGUGGUAAUUUUAAAUUCGAUAAUAGUUUUUUUUUCACUGGCAAUCACCCAUUUUGUACUAAGAGAGGUCUUUUUUAUGUUUUUGGAUGUAAUUAUUUAGCUAUAAUUGAUUUACCAUGUUGGAACCGUAAGCAAA